AACGUAUGGACGAUCUUCCGUGUAAGAUGGACGGUCGUUCAUUCACAGAAUUAGUAUUUUCUUUCCAACGUGACCGCGUCUUAGUGGAUGUCACGUUGUUCGGUAAAAAAUUUCAGUGCACAAAUUCGGUGUCCGUAGCAUUAUUGUAGCCAAAAACCAUUGUUUCUCAUUUCCUAAAGACUAUUUAUUAAUGCAUUGUGCGAUUAUACUCUGCCUAAAGUCCGGUUAAAGACAUUAUAAAUAGUGUUUAAUGAGUUCUAUGGUAUUAACACUUCUAUAGAAUAAAAUGUUUCAUCAUUAAAAAUCUGGAUAGCCUAGCAUGGCGAUUUAUGCAAGUUUGAUUCUGGAUUGAUCUUUCCUAUGAUUUUUCUUAAUGUUUAAAAAUGUGAAGUGCAAGUGUUUUUAAACACUGGUAUGUUUAGAUUGCCAUGUCUCUGAAAGUGUUUUGGAGUUAGAAUGGUAACUUCUUUCUAACAGCUAGCGGGAGGAGUUUAGACAUAACAGAGGACACUGCUAAUGAAACCCCCGCCAAAGAGAGAGAAACUUCCGAAACAGAAAAGGAACUGGAGCCAAUUCCAGACACCAUGCUUUCUGAGCGUCGGAAGGCUCUCUUCGAACCACUGGACCCUACAAAUGGCCGCCGGUCAUCUGCUGAAACCUUGCUACCCCCACCAGACUUUGACGCUUCUUGCUAUCCCAAGGGCUGGCUGAUUGGAAAGAAGCGGAAGCUUGUAAAUGUGGAUGUUGUAGAGAGCAUGCGACGGGUUGCUGUCCAAGAAAUGAAUAGAAAGGACCGGGAAAUCAAUGGCCUAAACGAGCAACUCGAAGAGGAUGCGCGUUGUCUCGAACAUCUACAACUCCAGCUUCUGCAAGAGCGGAGCAAACGUGCAGAGGUCGAGAGGGAAAACACAAUGCUGCAAGAUCAGAUAAACAUGCUGAUGAACAUGUUGCAGGAAAACGAGGCAAUGGAAGACGAGGGCACAGAGGAACCUUGAUCAUGAUAGUUUGUUUGAUUGUAUGUCUGUUUGUUUAUUCUUUUGUAGAAUUGUUUGGUUAAGUAUAGAGAGCAAAAUCAUACAUGCAUAUAAUAUUCUUAGCUGACAAAAAAAAAAAAAAAAAAA